GCGGAGAUUACGAUGAAACAAUUCUGUUUAGGGAACAUGAUGCAUUCAGCCCUACCACUUGAGCAAUCUUUUCCCCCAAAAAUAGUAGGGCACUUCAGCUCCACUUGCUAGAAAACAAGAUCUGUUGUAAUGGCGGCUUACGGAGUGUUUCAGUCAUCGCCCCCGUCCUGUCCGUCUUCUUCGGACCUCUCUCAGAUUUCAACUAGAGCCUCCAACAUCUUCGGCUCCCAGCUGAGAUUCCUGGAAAUUGAGGCGAGUCACUUGCGAAUUUCGGGUUCUUUAAAAAGAAGUUCGACUGUAAGAGUAAAGGCAUCGAGCAGUUCUCGACAUGGAGUUCGGAAAGUUAUUGAUAGCAAGCCCAAUGUAGUAGGCUUGACCGACGAGGCAUCCAAUCAUUUCAACGAGUUGAAACUGAGGUUUCUUGGGUUCAAACAAGAUGUUUUCUUGAAAAACUUAGAUCACUACGAAAGGCUUUCCGAGGCCCAAGCACCGAAGUUCAUGGUGAUUGCUUGUGCAGACUCGCGAGUCUGUCCUUCGAGAAUCCUAGGAUUUCAACCGGGAGAAGCCUUUGUGAUCCGCAAUGUGGCGAAUCUGGUGCCACCUCACGAGAAUGGACCUUCGGAGACGAACGCUGCUCUCGAGUUUGCUGUUAACUCUCUUGAAGUCGAAAAUAUACUCGUUGUUGGUCACAGCUGCUGCGGAGGAAUUAAAGCCUUGAUGAGCAUGGAGAGCGACGACGUUACUUCAAGUAGUUUUAUUGAAAAUUGGGUGGUCGUCGGGAAGCCUGCCCGGGUGAAAACCAAGGCUGCUACUUCAAACCUCGGCUUCGAUCAGCAGUGUCGGCAUUGCGAGAAGGAGUCGAUCAACAGGUCGUUGGUGAACCUGUUGACGUAUCCGUGGAUCGAGGAAAGCGUGAUGAGGGGGAAGCUGUCGAUCCAUGGAGGUUACUAUGACUUUAUUGAUUGCAGCUUCGAGAAAUGGACACUCGACUACUGCGGGGGAAGUCGCGAUUCGGGUGACGGCGAAUACGGUACUAAAAACCGGGAACUAUGGACUUGAUUUUUGUUCAAUAGGCAGGGAAGUUUUGCUUAUUACUUAUGAACAUUGUGUUGUGUUGUGUUCCUCUUGCCUUUGAAACAUGAAAGAUUCAUUACAUCAUUUCUAUGUAAUAACUUGCUGACUAUACAGAAUGGUUGAAGAUUCGAAGGGUUUCCGUUGGUAAAA